AUGAAUCAACCGGGGCACAUUGACAAAGCCAUGAAGAAACAAAGUUCUGAAGAAAUAAAGAAGAAUAUUACUCGAGUGAAAACCUCAAUAGAUGAUGUCCGUUAUUUGGCAUUGCAAGGGGUUGCUUUUAGAGGUCGGGAUGAGACUGCUGAUUCAAAGAAUCCAGGGAACUUUAUUCAGUUGCUCAAGUACACACGUUUUUAUAGUGAAGAAGUAAAUAGUGUGGUGUUGGAGAAUGCUCCAAAGAAUGCAAAGUACACAUCUCAUGAGGUUCAAAAGCAAAUCUUGCAUGUUUUAGCCAAGAAAAUCAGGAAGCAAAUUUUUGAAGACAUUGGAGAUUCUAAAUUUUCAAUCAUUGUGGAUGAAGCAAGUGAUGAAAGCAGACAUGAACAAAUGGCCAUCAUUCUUCGUUUUGUUGAUGUUAAAGGACUUAUUCAAGAGCGCUUCCUCAAUCUGGUACAUGUCAAAGACACAACAUCAAAGACUUUGCACUCUGCUAUUUGCUCAACUCUUGCUUCUCAUAAGUUUUCCCUUCAGAAUCUUCGUGGACAAGGAUAUGAUGGUGCUAGUAACAUGCGUGGUGAAUGGAAGGGAUUGCAUGCACUGUUUUUGAAGGAUUUUCCCCAGGCGUAUUAUGUGCAUUGUAUGGCUCAUCGUCUUCAACUAUCUUUGGUUGCAGCAUCUAGAGAAGUGGAUAGGGUAAAUGAGUUUUUCACAAAGUUACCGAGAGUUGUGACUGCUAUUACUGGUUCCACGAGGCGCCUUGAUGAGUUAGAAGAGUUUCAAGAAGAUGAUUAUGCACAAAAGCUAGCAUCAGGUGAAAUUGAGUCAGGAAAAGGUGCCAAUCAGAUUCGGAAUGUACAAAGAGCCUGUGAUACUCGAUGGAGUUCACAUUUGAGUUCUGUGGCUAGCCUUAUCCAUUUGUAUGGUCCAAGUUGUCGUGUUUUGGAGAACAUAAGUAAUGAUUGUGCUCACUACAAAACAAGGGGGGAUGCUAGUACAGCUUUGAGAACUAUGGAAUCAUUCGAGUUCAUCUUCAUUUUGCAUAUGAUGAAGGAUAUACUAAGCACCACAGAUUUGCUUUGCAAAGCUUUGCAACGUAAGUCUCAAGACAUUGUAAAUGCAAUGAGGGCAGUGGAGACUACUACAAAGUUGCUGAACCAAAUGAGGAAUGAAGAUUGGGAUUCUUUGUUGGCAAAAGUCACAAUGUUUUGUCAAAAACAUGAUAUCAAUGUUCCUGAUCUUAGUGCUCCACAUUACGAAAGUCGACGAAGACAAGAUGGUAUCACAAAUGAGCACUUUUAUCAUUUUGAUGUGUUCAAUGCUGCUAUUGAUGUUCAGAUAGAAGAAAUACGAGCAAGGUUCGAUGACAAAGUACUUGAACUCCUGAAGCUUAGCUCGAGUUUGGAUCCUCGGGAUGGUUAUAAAGCUUUCAACAUUGGUGCUAUUUGUGAUCUUGCUGAGAAGUACUACCCUCUUGAUUUCUCAGAAAAGGACUUAGAUGACUUGAAGUUCGAAUUGAAGCAUUUUCAUGCUGAUGCUCCUACUCAUCCUAAACUCCAAAAUCUAUCAUCACUUGCUGAGUUGUGUCAUGGUUUAGCAGUGACAGGAAAGUCCAAGGAAUUUAACCUUGUUGAUAGGUUGAUUCGUCUUAUUUUGACUCUUCCGGUUUCAACUGCCACAGGAGAACGCGCAUUUUCAGCUAUGAAGAUAGUGAAGAACAGGCUGCGGAACAAGAUGAAUGAUGAUUUUCUAGCUGAUAAUUUAGUUAUCUUUAUUGAGCGAGAGAUUGCAGAAACUUUCAGUUUAGACGCUAUUUUGAGUGAUUUCAGUGAUCUUAAAGAACGUCGUGCACUGUUAAAAUACAAUUAA